ACUGCGAGCGAGUUUCCAGACACAAAGAAAAGUUGUUUUUCUAUUUAUUAAAAGGUUUCUCAAAUACAGUAGUCAGUGGUCAGCUAACGAUCGGCUAAACCUCAAGGAUUACUCUGAUAAAACAAAGGCAGAUCCCAGUGUUUAUCUACAGAUCUGGUGCUUUCUUAGGGAAGGCGUGUGAUUUUCCCAGUGCGUUCAGAGUGCUAUGAUGUCUGCCCUCUCUGUGACCCAGGCUUUGUGCUUCCGCUGUGAUUAUUAGCUAGUUUAUCUGUCUUGGGCCGUUUGAGCUUCGAUGAGAAUGUGACCUUUAUUGCUCAUAUGGAAGACAGCCGUCAGACUAUUUUAGCUGAUAUGAGCAUGCUGCCCGGAUACACAGGGGCCAGGAUAUCAGGCUGCUGGGCACUCCGUACAGAUGGAGGUGGAAGUGGUGAAGACUCUCUGGACAGACUCCUCCUUGCGGUCAGCACCUCUCGCAGGAAAAGCAGCACUCUGGGUAAAACAGAACCUCCACUGCUCCGCACCGGCACACGUACCAUCUACACAGCCGGCAGACCGCCCUGGUACAAUGAACAUGGAGCCCAGUUUAAAGAGGCCUUUGUUAUUGGUCUGUGUGGUGGCAGUGCCUCUGGAAAAACUACUGUAGCCAAUAAAAUCAUUGAAGCUUUGGAUGUUCCUUGGGUGGUUUUGCUGUCUAUGGUCUCAUUCUAUAAGGUUCUGUCUCCAGAGGAACAAGCUCUGGCUGCCCGUAACGACUAUAACUUUGACCAUCCUGGAGCUUUCGACUUUGAGCUGCUUGUGACCACACUGCGGAAACUUAAACAGGGAAAAAGUGUAAAAAUCCCAGUCUAUGACUUCACUACACAUGGACGCCAGAAAGACUGGAAAAAUGUUUAUGGUGCCAGCGUCAUUAUCUUUGAAGGCAUCUUGUCCUUUGCAGACAAAGAGCUCUUGCAGCUGAUGGACAUGAAGAUUUUUGUAGAUACAGAUUCAGAUAUCCGGCUGGUACGGCGGCUGAGGAGGGACAUCACAGAGAGAGGUCGGGACAUUGAGGGGGUCAUUAAACAAUAUAACAAAUUUGUAAAACCAGCCUUCGAGCAGUACAUCGAACCCACCAUGAGACUUGCAGACAUUGUAGUGCCACGUGGUGGAGGUAACAUGGUGGCCAUUGACCUGAUUGUUCAGCAUGUUCACAGCCAGCUAGAAGAGCGUGAGAUUAGUGUCAGGGCACUCCUGGCCACGGCCCAUCAGUCCCAGCCGCUUCCUCAGACUCUCAGUGUGUUGGAAAGCACACCACAGGUCCACGGUCUCCACACCAUCAUCAGGAACAAAGACACCAGCCGUGACGAGUUCAUCUUCUACUCAGAGAGACUGAUGCGGUUGCUUAUUGAACAUGCGCUGUCUUUCUUGCCCUCCAAGGCCUGUUUCGUCCAGACACUACAAGGCCAAGAGUAUGAGGGUCGCAGAUUUAGUGGUAAAGGGAUCACAGGUGUGUCCGUUCUUCGGGCCGGGGAGACCAUGGAACCUGCUCUGAGAGCCGUGUGCAAAGACGUCCGUAUUGGCAAGAUUCUGAUCCAGACUAAUCUAGAUUCAGGAGAACCAGAGCUGCACUACCUGCGACUGCCCAGAGACAUCAGUGAGGACCAUGUGAUAUUGAUGGACAGCACCGUUUUCACAGGAGCGGCAGCCAUGAUGGCAGUGAGGGUGUUGCUGGACCAUGAUGUCCAGGAAGACAAGGUUGUGUUGGUGUCUCUGCUGAUGGCGGAGUUGGGUGUUCACUCAGUGGCUUACGCCUUCCCUUGUGUCAAAAUCAUCACCACUGCUGUGGACAAGAGUCUAGAUGACCUCCUUCAUGUCAUUCCAGGCAUAGGAGACUUUGGUGAUCGUUACUUUGGGACAGAUGGGUCUUCGUCAUGGAGUGAUGAAGAGCAGCAAGAACCACACAGCUGCUCGUCAGAGGACUGGCCCAUUUUCUGGGUCUGGCUGUAUGCCUGGGUUUCGGUGAUUGAGAGGUUUCACUCCGUGUUUCCGUUGGUUGCAUCAUCCUCAUAGUAAAGUGCCUGUGAGUGUGCAACACCCCAAAUGCUGUGGACGGACAACUAAACGCUCGCAAGUAUAAUUGAUUUGGACAAUGUUCUCACAGAGAAAAUAAUGAAGUACACUUGCAGUUUACUUAAUUGCAGAUCCAUUUUAGUUGCAAGUCCACACAAGUGCUGAGGCUCACAAAAAUAGGGGAAGCCAUUUCCAGCAUGCUUCUAUUUAUAAUAUGUUCCAUCUUAAGACACAAUUUAAAGCACAAUCGCAAAUUACAGCAAGUCGAAGGCUUUUAGUAGUCAUGAAAGGACAAAUAGUUUCCAUCAGCAACAAUGCUCUCAAGCACCGCAAUAGUGCUUUUUACAUUUGUAGCCUCAGCUAAAUCCCUGCUGUUGCAGUGCUAUGAAAUACUGAAUUACACGAGCGCUGAAUGUAUGUGAAGAAGUGUGCCAUUCAGAAUUGAAUUGAAAAUACCCUUUAAAUUACUGUUUUUGAAUUACAGAAUUUGAAUUAAAUUUGAAUUGAGGCACCAAACAGGAUACAGAAUUGCAUCCAAAUUGAAUUUGAAUCCAAGGAAGUCGAAUUCAAAUUCAAAUUCAAAGAAACUCAUGAGAUUGUAAUAAAAAAAAAAGAUUUAUUGUUGCUGUUAUUGACUUUAUUAUGACAGGACAGUAGCUAGACUGAAAGCGAAGUAAGAGAGAGGGGGACCGGAUAGGUCCACGAGCUGGGACUUGAACUCGGGACACUCGAAGUGCAACGGCAUUAUACAUCAGUGCACUGCCCACGAGGUUAUAGGUGCUGACUAUAAGAUUGUAAUUUUUAAAGCUGCAGUCCGUAACUUUUUUUAGUAAAAAAAAAAA